AUGGCCAGGGACGUCAGGGACGGCGGCAGUGCUGACGGAGCAUUUCCGGAGUCUGGACGGAUGCUGAGGGUGGAGUACAAGAACCAGCCUUACGACUGGUUCAACCUGGAUGACAUGGGGCCCUUGGUCCACACAGAGGAGUUCGCCGGAACUCUCAAAGAGAACAUCAACCACUACUUCGAUCUUGGCUUUGAUGAGCAGGCAAUCUUUGAUGAGGACGGGAUUCUGGUUUCGGCGGCCGACUUCUUGCGCUCCCUUCGGCAACCGCGACCCUACAUCAGGCUCUACAGCCUGCGUCAGUUGCCUCAAGAGCUGAAGGAACAGACGGCUGAAAAGCUAGCCAGCCUUGCUCAAGAGGUGACGAAGAUGCAACAAAUCCUCAACAUGCCCAAUUUAAGCGUUCCACGGUCACCGGAAAGACCAGGCGUCUCUGCAUGCGUUGCACCGACCAUCCAAAAUCCAGGCUCUGUCGGUGGCUCACAGAUGCAGGCGAAUCUUCCCUGCUGUGCAAAUUGCGGGGCUGCGUAUGAGACUGAAAAUGCCCUCUUCUGCGGGAAGUGUGCCCGUUUGCGUGCUGAGGAGCCACUGGCAGCUUCAGCAGUGAGGACGGCGCCAGAGGCCUCCAUGGCAGAUCGUUUGGCAGGCAGCUUGGCGGGUCCUCGAACUUUGCCAAAUGUGCUGCCGCCGACCUCCAUCGGCACGACUCCAUGGACUGUGCCAGGCACUGGACUGGCAAGGGUGCCACUCACUGAGGGGCCACCUGCGGCAGUCGCUACUCAGCCCCAAGGACCUCGGUAUAGUUCCAACUGCAUGGUGCAAAUGGAGGGACCCCAGACGGUACCCAACGGGGCUUUCCCUGUCAGGAGCGUGUCCUUCGCGAAUGGGAAGGACUACUCUCGAGAUCGGGACGGCAGGCUGUUCGAUGUGACCCUGAGUAAGGAUCCCACUGGACCUGCAACCACCUGCACUAGUUGUGGCAAUGUGUUUAUGCCCGAUUCGGAGUUCUGCCGGAAGUGUGGGGUGAAGCGGGAGAUGAGCAUGAAGCCGGACCGUUUCGGCUUUGCCAACGUGCCUGUCCAGGAUGGUAGGUCUCUCCAGAUCACCUGGAUUGAUCCCAGUGGCCUGCUGGCGAGGUGGAACACACUACAUCCCAAUAGCGAGGUCAAGGAGGGUCAGAUCAUCGUGGCCGUCAACGGUGUGUCCGAAGACGUGGAGGCACCACGUGAGUGGCGCACGGCAUGGCGCGUUGGCCAGCGACGACUUUCUUCGAGUUGGGAGUCGGAAGACAUGGAGCAACUGAAGGCCGCCCCGCUUCACAACUUCGAAGGUUGGAGGCGACGCGUGCCGAAAGCAGACACGAACCAGGUGCAUCAGCGACUGCCACUGCCGACCCAGAUUCCGAAGGCCCACAAGAGCGCUUCGGGUCGAAAAGAGCGCUUCGGAUCUAGCAUCGAGGAUUUUGGUGCGAACCUUUCGCUCUCACGUCGAGUUGAUCUGAAGUGGCUCGUCACACGUCACCAGAUCCAGCAGAUCCAGGUAGCGAAGUUCAAAGUCAAGGUGCCUGCAGGUGUCGAGCCUGGGCAAAUGGUCUACUUCACGUCCCCUUCUGGCCAACAGCUGCAGACCAAAGUGCCCGAGGACAAACGGGCUGGAGAUGAGUUUUACGUCCUUAUUCAGCAUGAUGCACCUGUACCCAUGCAGGCUCGGGUGAAAGUGCCGGAGGGCGUGAAGCCAGGUGAGAAGAUUGUUUUUCCUGGGCCCCAUGGCUAUAACCUGGAAGCGGUGGUGCCGGAAGGCAAAGAGCCCGGCGAUGAGUUUCACGUCGCCCUACCAGCCCCACCACCGGAGCAGCCCAGCAGCUUUCUGCUCACCGUGCCGGACGGAAAGAAAGGAGGGGAUGAGCUCUUCUUCGAUGCCAAUGGGCAACACAUGAGAGCGAUCAUCCCGGAAGGAAGACAGCCAGGAGAGACCUUUGAGGUACACUUGGGACCCAGCCAGCUUUUGGUGACAGUUCCAGAAGGCAAGCAGAGUGGCGAGGAAGUGGAGUUUCGAGGGCCCGGAGGUGGUUUGAUGAAGGCCGUGGUUCCAAAAGGAAUCAAGGCGGGCGAACAGUUCGCCGUGAGUUUGAUCAAUGAUCCCGCUCUUCAUUCGGGGCUCCCAGCGCUCUGCACGGCGUGUUCGAAUGGCGACCUAGAGGAGGCAAAGAAGUUGGUCGCUGCCUCCAACUUGAAUGUGAAUGGUACUUUUGAUCAAGGCUUCACUCCGCUCUUCUACGCGGCAACGAGCGGCGCCUUUGAAGUGGCCAAAUGGCUGGUAGAGGAGCGGGCAGAUGUCAAUGCUUCCAACGAAACCAAGCGCACACCUCUCCACUGGGCGUCGCGCAAUGGCCACAUCAAGGUGGUGGAACUGCUCUUGGGAGCCCGGGCAGCGAUGAACGGUCCAGAUGGCACUGGCAGAAAUCCUUUGGCCUUGGCAAUCGGCUACAAACAGACGGAGGUCGUGGAACUGCUUCGGAAGGCCGGAGCCGAGGAACCUUCCCGAUAG